AUGUGUUUUUUUUUUUCUGAAAAGUUGGUGUUUAUAGACAAGAGAAGAAGCUCCAUCGAAUCAAAAAUCUGGCCAUGCUGUGGGCAAGAGCCGCCGACUGGUCCCUCGGCAGCAUCGACUCGACAUCGAAGCUCGUCCGCUUUUUCAACCACUCACGCCGACGGAGUCAGAGUAAAUAACCUCGAAAGUGAAAUUGAAAAUUCGAUGUGGAUUUUGAGUGAGAAAAAGCGAAUAGCGAUUGAUGAAAUGACCGAAGGCCACGAUGUCCUGCUCACUCCUGGUCAUUGUUGGGCCAAGAGGCGCCCGUGUCAACUUGUGAUGUCCACGAAUGAAGGCCUUUCGCCAAAGAAAUCGACACCGUUGGAUCUUUCGACAGUGAACCCUGAGCAAGAGCUCGUGUUUCGAUGGGCCACCGAAAUGCUGCAGAUGACCGCUGCUGCAAGAUAA